UUUUGAAACAUUGAAUUAGGGCUCAACACAGAAGCCUUUAUCCAAUGAACAGUCUCAAGGCAAAGGAAGUGCUUGGACGAUUUGUCAGCGGUAGGACUAGGCUCUCGAGCCUCACCCUGCGAGUGUAUUCUGUGCUCACUGAGUGGGAGGGUCACACUGUGUGAGACUAAUAAGGACAGAGCUGCAUCCCCCUCUACCACUCUUUGGAGACUCACUCCAGCAACUCCUCAGCACUCCAGCAGCGCCGUGCGGGCAUUCGCUGCGCUUCGGGGGGACGCGCCAGAGCAAAGAGCAAAGAUUUGUGGCUGAUUGUUCACAUGAGUCCAGGGGGAGAUGAAGUACCUUGGAUCCUGUGUAGUUUGGCUUUGUAUGGCAGUGUUCCUCUUCCUCCUCCCUCUUUCUACUUCCGUGGCUGUCACUGACCAGACAGGUGCAGUGUGUCCUGUGAUGAGAACAGUUGUCCAUCAUCUCAGACAAGCCAACAGAGAUGAUCUCAGUGUUUCAGGGUUUGAGCUAGCAGAGAGCUUUUCAUUGAGACAAACAUCUUGUGGAGGGGAAAAAAUCUGUUUUAAACUGGGAAGUGCACCUCUCAUCAGAGACACAAAGCAAGUAUUUCCAAAUGGGCUUCCUGAAGAAUACUCUCUAAUAACGACUUUCCGUGUGCGACGAAAUACCAAGAAAGAACGGUGGUAUAUAUGGCAAAUUUUAAAUCAGUAUGACACACCUGAGAUCUCUGUCCUUAUAGAUGGUGCAAAAAAAGUUGUGGAGUAUAUGACCAAAUCUGCUCAGGGAAAUAUACUGCACUACACUUUUAAGAGUCGAGAAAUCUAUCCGUUGUUUGAUCGGCAGUGGCAUAAACUGGGUAUUAGCGUGAAGUCAGGGAUCAUUUCCCUCUAUUUGGAUUGUAAUUUAAUUGAGAGAAAGCAGACUGAUGAAAAAUUCACCAUUGACUUUCAGGGAAGGACUCUGAUUGCUUCUCGUGCUGCAGAUGAUAAGCCAGUAGAUAUUGAACUUCAACGCAUAACAGUUUAUUGUAAUCCAAAACUUGCAUCAGAAGAUACGUGUUGUGAAAUAUCUGCAGACCUGUGCCCCCGUGACAACGGGUUACUUGCUACUACUUCUUCCCCAAUGACUGUUCAUGCCAGCAAAAUAUACAUGCUUCCAGAAACACAGCAAGAAUCUAGAGACAGAUGUUUCUGCUUUCCAAAUAAAGGAGAAGCAGGAUUACCAGGAGUAGCUGGUUUGCCAGGCCAGAAAGGAGCUAAAGGUGAAAAGGGUGAAAUGGGUGCCAAAGGACAGGAUGGUGUUGCUGGUCUUCCUGGAGAAAAGGGUGAACAUGGCCUUGCAGGUAGUAAAGGUGAAGAAGGUGAAAAGGGUGAAAAAGGAGAUAAAGGAGAACGAGGACCAGAAGGCAUUCAUGGAAGAGAGGGACUAAAAGGUGACCCUGGUAAUCCUGGUGUGGCUGGUCCUAAAGGAGAGAAGGGCGAUGUAGGACCUCCAGGACCAACUGCCUUAAGUGGUUUGCCAGGAUUGGAGGGUCCCCAAGGUCCACCUGGCAAAGAAGGUCAAAGGGGAAGACGAGGCAAACCAGGACUCCCUGGAAAACCAGGACCACCAGGACCUCCUGGACCUUCUGGGCUAAAAGGAUUUCUGGAAUCCUUGAACAAGCAUUAUAAUGAGAGUGAUGCAAGGCAACUAGGAUUACUAGGCACUCCUGGACUUAAAGGCCAGAAGGGAGAAGUUGGUCAAAAAGGAGAAGUGGGAAUGACUGGUGCAAAAGGAGAAAAGGGAGAGCCUUCUGAAAAAGGGCAUAAGGGAGAUCCAGGAGAAAAUGGAGUGGAGGGAUCAAAAGGAAAUAAGGGUGAAACAGGAGACCCUGGACCACCUGGUCUCAUGGGAAAUCCAGGAUCACAGGGACUGCAAGGACCUCCAGGACCUAUUGGACCCAGGGGACUACCAGGAGAAGUUGGCUUACCAGGAGACCACGGGGUACCAGGAAAACCAGGAGUUAAAGGAGACAAGGGGGACCCUGGUGGGAUUAUGGGACCACCUGGACAUCCAGGUCCAAAAGGUGAAGUGGGGCCUCCUGGGCCAAGUCCACCUGGAGCACCAGGUCCCACCGGUAUUCCUGGAAACCCAGGUCCACGGGGACCAAAGGGAGAGCGAGGACUACCUGGUGUGCAGGGAGCCCCUGGGGAGAUGGGGCCUCCUGGAGUAGGCAUCCAGGGAUCACCAGGUCCUGUGGGUCCAACUGGAUCAGCAGGUGUCCAGGGCCCUAGAGGACCCCCCGGAUUACCAGGAACUCCAGGUACCCCAGGUAUUAAUGGCACUCCAGGACGAGAUGGAAAGCCGGGACUGCCAGGCCCUCCAGGUGAUCCUAUUGCACUGCCACUUGUGGGAGACAUGGGUACUAUACUGAAGGGUGAUCCUGGCACAAGGGGUCCUCCAGGCAUCCCUGGUAGAGAAGGGCCAAAGGGAAGCAAAGGUGAGCGUGGAUUUCCUGGGCUUCCUGGAGAGAAGGGUGAUGAGGGCCUUCAAGGUGUUCCUGGCCUGCCUGGUGUCCCAGGACCCAGUGGACCUUCUGGAGUCACAGGAAGACCUGGACAUCCUGGUCCAGCAGGGUCAAAAGGAGAAAAGGGUAGUGAAGGUGCUCCUGGGAAGCCUGGACCACCUGGGCCUCCGGGUGUGCCUCACAAUGAAAGAAAUGGAAUGAGCAGCUUAUAUAAACUACAGGGAGGUGUGAGUGUUGCCAGUUAUCCAGGUCCACCAGGACCUCCAGGUCCAAAAGGAGAUCCUGGCACAGUGGGUGACCCAGGACCAAUGGGAUUACCAGGACUAGAAGGACUACCAGGAGAAAAGGGUGACCGUGGACCAUCUGGCUCACCAGGAGUAGCAGGGACACCGGGAAAGCCUGGAUCUCCAGGGUCCCCAGGAAUGCCAGGUGAACCUGGUGAAAGAGGACCUAUAGGAGAUAUAGGAUUCCCUGGGCCAGAAGGGCCACAAGGAAAACCGGGAAUCAAUGGAAAAGAUGGAGUGCCAGGUCCUCCGGGUGCUGUGGGGAGACCAGGAGACCGAGGGCCCAAAGGAGAACGUGGAGAUCAGGGUAUUCCAGGAGACAAAGGUCCACAAGGUGAAAGAGGGAAACCUGGCCCAUCAGGGGAAAAGGGGGCUAUGGGUCCUGUUGGGCCACCAGGAGACAGAGGCCAUCCAGGAUCACCAGGUCAUCAAGGUCCCCCAGGAUCACCAGGACCCCCAGGUUUUCUGGCUGAUACAGUUUCAUCUGAAGAAAUAAAAAGAUAUAUCAAACAAGAGGUUCUUAAGGUUUUCGAAGAGAGGAUGGCUCAGUUUGUAUCCCAGCUGAAAUUGCCUGCAGCAAUGCUUGCUUCCCAAGCUCAUGGAAAACCAGGGCCACCAGGAAAAGAUGGUUUACCAGGGCCUCCAGGAAAAGAUGGUUUACCAGGGCCACCAGGAGAACGUGGACUUCAAGGUUAUAGAGGACAGAAAGGGGAAAGAGGUGAGCCUGGAAUUGGACUGCCUGGUAAUCCUGGACCACCUGGCCCUUCAGCUACGGGCCUGCCAGGCCCCCCGGGAACUCCAGGCUCACCCGGACCGCAGGGGCCACCCGGACCUCAUGGAAGAUGCAAUCCAGCAGAUUGCUAUUACCACGUAUCACAGACUCGGUCACGCACCAGUGGGAAAUAAAUCCCUCUCCAAGAGACGGUUGGGUUCACAGCCACUUUUCACUUCUCUCAAUAAGUUAAUUUAAUCUUUGAAAUACUUGGUGCAUUUUUUCCCUAGACACUGCAUAGUGUACAGAUAAUUUACAGGGCGCAGAAUUGAGCCUUUUGUCUGUUACUUGCAGUGUCAUAAUUAUGAAAUGAUGCCAUUGAUUUUCCAGAGCGCAUUCCAUGUGUUGUUUCUCAUAUUUAUUUUACUUAGAGGAGAAAAUAGGCCCAAAUAAUUUUCAUAGGCUUCUUUCUUCAAACAGAAAAUAUUUUAUUAUAAUUUAUGACAGUAUGUAUGCCUCAGAAUGUAAGCUGGCUCUAUUUUUCUUGCUAGUGGUGAAGUUUAAAAGGUGAAAACGCAGGUCUGAGGUUUUUAAAGUGUACCCAUUAAGGGUGAACGUUGGCUCUUGGCUGAAGUGCUGGGAACUCUGUUUAGGUGAAAUGUUACCAUCCCUUGAGGACGCCCCGGCACACCUCUCUGAAGCAGGUCUGUCGUGCACCAUGAACACUAUCGAUCAUUUCAGUAAUUUCCUGGAUGUCAAGGCAAUUAAGGUAUUUAUAUGAUCUCGCUAUUCCCAUGCAACAUUUUGAUUCAGACCGACUGGAAAUCCACUGCGUGUCACCCCAGGAAGCAUUUCUUUCGACUGAAUGUUAUUCGAACUCAGAACUCGUACAUUUGUUUAGUCGUGGAUGCAUAUACUCCAGAUACUAAAUUAUUGGGGACUGGUGGUGUUCUUCCUAACUGAGAACUAGUACCUCUCCACACAGUUAAUGAGCUUAGUAAGUGCAUUAUCGUUGCCUGGAACCAAGCUGCUCUGCCAUUACAUCCGCUUAAAGCGAAGAAGAGCUCUCGCUGCAGAGCACAGCUGCUAGGCAGUGAGGCAGGCCGAGCGGGAACCUCGCAGCUCUCCCAACAGCUUCCUCAUGCCACAUUCCCUCUUUUUCCUGCAGUCGUGCGCCAAAAUAGAUUUGAAAAGAAUUUGAAAACAAGAGAAAGCAAGAUUCACAGGUCCUAACAACUGGCUGCAAAGAGAAAACAUUUGAGUUCAAUAGAAAUCUGGGAAAAUUACCAACCCUCCUUGGAAGCAUAGAAUGCAAGCAAGGUGAUUGCAUGCAGUUUGCGAGCACUGCGCGAGUCCCCCUGGACCAGACGCUGUCUAUAAAGAACAAAACAGAACAAAAGUGCGAAUUCUGCAGAGCUCAAAUUGUCAAGCAAAGGAAAGAAAAGCUGGAGAAAAUCAGUCAGACAGAGACUGAUUCUGGAAAAGGAGGGAGAAGGACUGGCCAACGGUUCAUUCCUGGGUAUUAUAAAUUUGAUGCUAGAGCAUCUACAGAUCUGUCCUAAGGAGCUUGCUGCAGCGUAAUAGAAAUUGCAAGUGCUGUUAAGGGAACGCAGCAGUGAUCCACGACUCGGCGUACCAAAUCCAUAGUGAGGGCUCUGCCCUCUGCGCAGGCGGUUAGCAGCUCUCUCCCACUUGGGGCAGUAAGUGGUUAGAGUGAUCACUGUGCUUGAACGGUAAACAGUUAAUUUAACUGACAUCUGAUUUUUGCUCAAAACCAGUAAGAAAUGGAGGGUGGGAGUCUUUAAAAAUUAUACUGGCAUUUGUAGGCUGUCGCAGGCCCGAGUGCAGACGCUGGAAGAAGGGCGGUGGAGAAACUUGGGUGUAUGGUGAAACCAGUGACCCGGGGGCAGGCCAGGAUGCGCGCCGCAGCAUCCUGCACGCGAGCUCCCUUCCCGGGCCGGGUCACCCUCACCGUCGGACGCCGCAGCUCCGCGAGCGUUGGCCGGCAGCCGGGCGCCCCCCCUCAGCACUAGUGGGCUCGCGACCCCGGCCGGGGGCCCCGCGCGCUGCUCGCUGUCCAGGCAAGCGAACUGCUGGUCAGGCGCGUCCCACAGGUGUUUUUAAUUGAUUUGUUUUUACUUCUCUAGUGAUUCCAAUCUGUGUAAAAAGCUCAAUAUUUUUUUACUUUGUAAGUUAAUUUUGAACCUUGUUUUCUGUGCUAAUAUCUAAAAGGGUGCUGCCUUCUCGAGAGCACCACGUGGGCGGAAGGUGCCCGAGCCGCCGCCUUCAUAGAUGGCACCACUCCGGUUAGCGCUAUGUGUAUAUCUGGGGGCUUUUAGCUAGUCGAAACUGAGCAUUUGUUAUUUGCCUGAUACAAUUUGUGUCUGUCGAUUUACUUGAAUUUAUCAGCAAGUCGAACACUUUUUUGUACUCUCAGAAGUUUAUUUUUUCAUCUAUGUUUCCUACAGAUGCAUUUUUCUUUUUUUUUUCCUAGGCUCAAAUCUAAGUCUUUAAAACUUAUUUGAACACUGAUUUUAUUUGCAGGUAACUUUGGUAAUUAUCUUGUUUCAUUAUUCUUUAUUUUGGAUUAAGCCCAAUUUAAUUUUCUCAUGUGAGAAAAUGGGUAUUUUGUUAUACGGGAUAUCUUGAUACCACUUUUAAAGAUGCCGUGUUCUUCACUUGGGUAGAAGAGAGCUAAUCCCAGGUUAACUUUACUUUCUGCUGGGUUGCUCCACCUCUACCUUUUUAGAUGAGAAAGCAGAAUGUAGUUUGAAACAUGGUUCUGCCUAUUUUUCAGGUUCGGUCCCUGAAAUUUGUUUGCAGUUUCAGACUGAUGUUGUCUCGGGUUUCGUGGUGGGUUUUGGGUUUUUUUUUGGUGGUGGUGGGGAUCUAUUUUGCAAUUUAUCAAUUUUGUGUCUGGUUUAACCAGUCUGUGCUGUAGUAAAUAUUGCAAGAAAUUAAACACAGAGGAUUAUUUUUUCUGGUAGCACAAGAUGUUUUUACUUAGAGCAAAACUUGGAGCGGCCGUAUCUCUGACAAAACGCUUUCCACCUUCCUUGAAGGCUCCCUAAGCUUUGUUCUAGUUCCGGGGCAGAUGACUGCAUUUUAGGGCAGGUUUCUUUAUCACCCCCUAAGAAAGCAUUGGGAUUGUCUUAAAAUUGUAGCUAUGUACAGAACUACUCAGUUUGCUUAACGAAAGUAAUAGUGCUGCAGCGGCUUAGUGCUGGUGCAGUUUUCCGAGGCCAUUGCAUACCUCCUGCCGCCCACACGGUGGAGUCCGUCCGUCCGUCUUUUCCGUGCGGCUCUCAGCAGUGCUCGGCCUGACGCAGCGCUGGGCACAUCCACAGCCCGCGAGUCCGUGUCCGGAUUUAUUCUUGAGCCCGAUACUCUUUUCUAAAAUCUCUUUAUUUUUAGACGGUAGUGUUUGUAAAAAUACUGCCUCUUUUGGAUAAUGGUUUCGAGGUGAUAUCGCUUAGAUUUUAUUUGUGUUUUGUAUAUAUAUAUGAUAUAGAAAAAUAUACAGUAACAGAACAUAUCACUGGCAGACAUCAUUUAUGUCCACUGUUACGAUAUUUGUCUCUAGGGGAGCAGUGAGGCUGUUAAGGCUAAUAAAAAUUAAAAUAGUUUACUUUGUAAAAUCAGGCAGCAGUGCAAACUACUUGUUAACAUUUUCAGAACUAAUAUUUUUGUAUUAAACUAGAUUUGGUUUCAAUGCUAAAACAAGCACUGUGAUACCAAAACACAAUUGAUUGAUAGCAUCAUCAGUCUUCCCUCUCUGUUUUAUGAUGGUGUAUUACGACAAAUGUUAGAUAUGCACAGCUUUGUAAGAUAACUGUUUUAAAUCCAUGGAUAAGCACAUAAACUAUUUUGGCACUUCUGAUUUUUCACAAUGGUGAAAUACUACUUUUCAUGUCAGUCUACACUCAAAUUUUGUAUUCUUUUUUAUGUUAUGUUUACAUGCAAGUUGUAUGAAAACCCCACAAGCUAAAUGAGUGCUUUAUAAGCUUGUUUCUCCUAAUAUACUGUGGUAAAACCAGCCACUAACCUUUCAUUUUACCAAUUGAGUAAAAUCACUGCUCUAACUUGAAAUGUUCACACAUGAGGAGUAUCUCAGGAAAUAAAACAGUGCUGGUAUUAACUUUUUUUCAUUGUUUGUUUGUUAGAUUCUGGAUAUGUUAAGGCACAUAAAUUUACCUUUGAAAAGUGUUAAGGCCACUAAAAUCAAACUAUGCUGGAUGGAUUUUUAAGUCCAGCUGCAGACACACUGCUUGGUGUAGGUCAUGGAGAGCAAGUUGAACUGUGACCUUGUCUUGAUUGCUGUUUAAGUGGAAAAUGUGAGCUUCAUAAUACCUUAAUAAAAUGUGGUUUUCAAAUAUUAAUCUCUAGCAAAUGUUAUAGAAUCUAGACCAAAAUAAGCUCUCAGCUAAAAAAGAAUGUAAUCUACAUGUAAUUUAUCAGAUUUAUCUCCAAGUCUGCUGUCCUACAAACACGAAUGCAUUUAAUUAUUUACUGAACUUUCAGUGUAAAGGUAUUCUAUCUCCGGUUAAUAUAUUUGAAGGAUUUUCAAUGCCAUACCUUUUUUUAUUGCUUUUUUUUUUCAUUUCUGAAUGAUAUGCAGCUGUCACUGAUUUAAUCACAGUGCAUGCAUACUGAUUACUUCUUUCCUUCUUUAUUUUUUCCAUUUGCAACACUGAAGGUUCAAUUCAAUGCACAGGUAUUAAGUGGAUAAGAAAACAUACUGUGUACAUUACAUAUGUGGCCAUUCACAUCUGUGCAAAAGGGUUCCAGGUGAAUACGGAAUUGUUUCACAUGCUUUCUGUAUGUAAAAAAGGGUAGAAGUUCUGUCAGAAAGGACAACCUUUGCUUUCUCCUAUUUCGAAUCACAAGAGGGAGGACGCAAGCGCAGCCGAGGGAGCACAGAGGCACAAGCCUCAGCAGCCGGCCUUGCUGAGCUUUCAGCUCGGUGGUGCAAGCCUGGGCCAACUGAACUCAGUGGGAGUUUUGCUUUUGAGCACUUUGGGUCUGGCUUUUAGUUAUUAGUUCAUAGUCCGUAUGUGUAAUAGAUGAGAUUUAUUGACCUCUGGACCAUUAGACUCAACUGGUGAUGACUGCAGGCUUUGCAAGGGUUGACUUGGAAAAAAAUCAAGUUCACUUGUGCUUGCUACAGGUUGCUGAAACUUAGGGCUCUACAGACUGGAGAAAAAAAAUGUGGAAAGUGUUGGCCUUAAGAUGUGUGCAGACUUACUGAAGUGAAUAUAACCUCUGAAUCAGCUGCAGCUAACUUUCCAGUCUGAAGAUCAGAUAAUCACUUUCAUUCAAGAAACUGUUUCACAGAACUUUAGAUAUUUGUAUUUGCAGUGUUAUCUUACUGUCUAACUCUCCCAGGAGAAGAAAGAAAACAGGGAUAAAUGCCAUUUUAAAGGAUCCUGGGUUAUAAUUUGAGCACUAAAGACGAUUUUUUUCUUCAGAUUUAGUAAUGGCUUCAGCAAACUUGCUGCAUAUAUUGUCUAAAGCUGCCACAGUCUUACUAGUCCUUUUGAAUGCAUACACUAUUUAGCAAGCAAAACAUAACAGUAAAAGAAAAGAACAAGAGGACAGGAAAAAUUGAAGUUAAAUCAGAUAGGAGUAAUAAUGUGCCUUACAAGUAAAAACCUUUCCUUCUUUUCCUAUGUCUGUGAGAGCAGAGAAGAUGAUGUGGCUGCACUAUAGAGAAAGCAUAGACUACAUGGCCAAAUAAAGCUGGAAACAGUGGUAUCCAUCAUCUUCCUGCUGCAUCCACUGAGCAGGUCAAGCAAGCUUCAAAAUUCACCUGAUUACUUCAGUAUUUAAAAGCAUCUACAAAAAAAAUGAAGCGUGUGCUUGUACGUGGAGCAUAGCUACUAGGUCCUACUAGGAAAGAUCAAUAAUGUUCUCUUGCAGAGUAAGAAACUUGGUUUCUUGUUUUCUCUGUCUUUCAAGAAACCUCAUCCCAUGUGUUGCCACUUCCUUCUCUCUUUCGAAGGACAUGCAAGCUUGGUUGUAGAUAAGCAUUUGGCUCUGUGUAAACUCAGAUCCAUGGGUGUGUUUGAUGUAAAGAUAAAUUAGAAAACUUCAGCUUUUGAGACUGUUGCCAAAAUAAAAGCAGCGUCCUGCAACUGAAUGUUAAAUGACAGUGGAAGCAUGUGCAGGUAUUCAUGGAAGCAAAAUCUAGAGUAGUCUUCCCCAGGCUUCCUUUCUGGCCCAAUUUUGGUGCUCCAAAUUGUGCUCCCGAGCCACCGUGCUUCCCUUUGGCUAGGGAGAGACUCUGGCCUGCAUGAAAUGCUCACAGAAGUCUGUUGGGGAUGACUAAAGGCACCAGGUCCUACCAAGGUGCAGCAGCCCAAUGAUGCCUAGGCAGAGGACUGCUUAGAUAGAUCUUAGUGCACUACUCUGCAGCAGUGCACUAAUACUUACCAGUAGCCUAGUGAGGAAAUCACUGAGGUCAAAAUGUUAAAAUAUCAGAUCGGACUGAGAAUUGUUGGCUAUAAUUGCCUUCAUUUUGAGGACAGUUCUUAAACAUUUUUGAUGGAUCUUUUCUACACUUAGGUGAGAUAACAGGGGAGUUAAAAUUUGUAUUCAUCACAGUGCAGUUAAACCUCAAGAACUGGGAGCUGGAGCAGGGGUCCUGGUUGGUAAAAGUGAGUCUAACGAGUCUUUCAUUGAAAAAUUUCCUAGCGUUUUUGGCAUUGAACCAGAAAUAGAGAAAAACAUUUAAUAGGACUUUCCCUAAGAUCACAGGAGUGUCUGGUUAGAAUGGGUGACGCUCUGUCAGUGACUUGUGGAGUCUCUUUGUGCCUUCUAGAUAUUUUUAAACAAUUGCUGUAUUCUUCUGUAUCACCAUAUUUUAAUGGAAAACAUGAUACACCUUUCUUUUAGAUUCAUAAUGCUGUUUUUAUUUUCCAAAUCUUUACUUACUUGAAUGUGUUGCUAUUAAAAAUCAAUUCCUGAUAUUUUUGGUAUAUACCAUACCAUUCUCCAGAUUAAAUUUUUCCACUCUUGCACAAGAUUGGGAAUUCGUAAGUAGUUAAAUUAGCCAAUUAGGCCCAUGCAGUCUUAUAACAUAGCCUGAGAAUUUAUUCUUCAGUUUACUUCAGUAUUUUAAGUCAAAACUCACUUUAUAGAUCAGCUAGAAGGUAAAAAUCUGGUCACAGUCAUAAACUAUCCACUUAAAUAGCUUAUGCAUUGAAUUGAGCCUCAGUGUUGGAAGUGUUUGAUUGUAACAGUUCUGAUUUGUUUUUUACAUACGGGAAUAUUUUCCCUCCUACCUGAGUUCCUUUCCAUUGUGGAAUGUUAUGUAUUUUCAGACUGUAUUUUUUAAAAGCACUUCACAUUUGUAUUUAAAUGUUGCAUUUAUUGCUUCUAUUGAUUAAUUAUGUUUAUGCAUUACCCGUGGAAAAAAAAAGUAUUUUCAUUCUGUUACCAGGGGUUUUUUCCUCUUUUUAACAGUUUUACACACUUUAUAGUCCAAAUAAAAGUUUGCUGGUGAAACUACAA